UUUUUCUCGGAGCGUUCACAGUGUCGCAAAGCAUCCCCAACUUGCGCAGUGCUUCCACCAUCCCCCGCGCGUCCGCAAGCAAAGAAUUGCGCAAAUUCAGCAAGAUAUUAUUCGCACGUCUAUCGUACCCUGCCCUGCAUGACGAAACGAAAGCGCGGAAGCUUCCAGCCCGAUGAUGAAGCUGCACCCGCAGACUUUGGUCUGGGGACAACACUUGCAUAUCUGAAGGGUGACAAAGAGGCAGCUGUACCCGCAACGAGCGCAACAUCAGUCAACGACGACGACGCAGGUUGGACUGUGGUCGGAGCGAAGCAUCGGCAGGACAAGCAUGCGCAGAAGCACGGCAGCAAGGCGAACAUGCGGGAUCAAAGGCGGGAUGAGGCCUAUAAGCGCGCACGUCUGCGUAGCCCAAGUCCGCACCGUUCGCAGUCGGCAGAUUCACCAUCCGCAGAAGACAUUGAGGUUGGUGGCAAGCCCACUGAGGCUCCUACUGACGCGCCCGCCGUCUUUAUGGAGAAUCCUUUCGCAACGAAGAACGGCGACUCGGGAGAUCCAUCGCUGCAGCCGCGCAACCCCUUCAGUACAUGUGAAAAAGAAGCCGAGCGCGCAGAGGCAUGCACGAAAGAUGCAGGCAAAAGCCGAGAGGAGCGCCGCAAAGAUCGCAAGCUCGAGCGGCACUACCCAAAGAUCAUACAUUCACACAAUGCUCGCCUAAAUAACUCUACCAAGAUCUCAGACUUGCAGGCCCUCGCGCUUUACAUACUUGCUGACGGCACCGCACCCCAGUGGGUUGGUGUAGAGAGUCGGACUAGUAUCCGCAAAGUUGUUGUACUUAUGGUUCCUGGUCUGGAACUGGACAUGUUCAACGGCAAGAUACCGCUAGAAUCAAGCGCCACUGAUGCCGAUGCUAACACGAACACAAAACCAAAGAGGCUAGACAUAGGGAGGGAUGAUUACUAUCCUGCUUCGUUGAGGCCAGAGAGACUGCCAGAGUCACUCAAGCCCUUGUCCGAGGUGUUUCCUCAUGUUUGGCCUGUCAUGGGCCCGGUCGAGAACCGUGGAAAGAAUUAUGUCAAGCUUCACUCACCAAUUCACGCCAUGCUAUCUUCGCAGAUCCCGAAAACACAAGAGGAGAAGCAUCUCAAAAAGAGUGGCAAACACAAGGGCCCACUUCCGCAGAAAACCAAUCAUUGGGAAAAUCAGCGCACACCCGUCACUCAAUAUCUCGCUACGCUUGCUGAUCAGCAGGAGAACGAGUACGUCGUCCAUCCAGCUUGGUUCACUACACACGAAGCUCGGACUGCUGCUCAAGAGAGACGCAAGAUCGCUAAAUGCUCAGCUGAUGAUGGCUGGAUAGACAGCCAUGUGGUCAGUCUUGAGGAUGGCGAGGUUCCUGAGAAGGACAUCGAGCACGGCAGUGUGACAGCCGGGAGAAAAGUCCUGGCAGUCGACUGCGAAAUGUGCAAAGAUGAGAACGAUGUGUCUGUACUGACUCGCAUCAGCCUCAUUGACUGGGAUGGCACUGUGGUAAUGGACAAGCUUGUAAAGCCUGAUACCCUGAUCAAAGAUUACGUAACCCAAUGGUCUGGCAUAACUGAGGAAAUGCUUCGCGAUGUGACUACCACACUCGCCGAUAUCCAGAAGGAGUUGUUGGAGAUCUUGACGCCCCAGACAAUUCUCAUCGGACACUCGCUGAAUUCGGAUCUCAACGCAAUCAAACUCACGCAUCCAUUCCUGAUUGACACCGGAAUCUUAUUUCCGCAUAUCAAAGGCCCGCCCUAUAAGCAAUCACUAAAGUGGCUGGCGCAGAAAUUUCUCCGGAAGGACAUUCAGAAAGGAUCAGAUGGCCACGACAGCAUAGAGGAUGCCAAGACUUGCCUUCAUCUCGUACAACAGAAGUGCGAAAGGGGCCCGAGAUGGGGCACUAGCGAUACAAAUGCCGAAUCCAUCUUCAAACGACUGGAACGCGCACACCGACCAAAGUCGAACGACGCCAAACGAGCUGGCGCCAUGGUGGACUGGGGAAAUUCCAACCAAGGCCCUGGGGCGCAGGCAAAGGUGGCUAUUGGAUGUGAGAGCGAUGCUGAUGUCGUUGAAGGCAUCAAACACGCUCUGAGUGAUCUCGCAGUUGGCAAGAACGGCACGACCGAGCAGAUCGAUUUCGUCUUUGCACGCUUGCGAGAACUCGAAUUGGUCCGUGGGUGGUGGGAUGAUGGCAGGGCAUCAGAUGAGGCGAAAGCACGACGGCAGGCAGCUUUGGAGCGUCUUGGACUCUCACUAGAUUCGGAUGAGGAAGUCACCGAAGAAGCACUGGGCAAAGAAGUCUCCAAGACCGUCAGCAACAUUGUGAAGAUCUAUGACUCGCUGCCGCCCUGCACCGCGUUCAUCGUGUACAGCGGCACAGGCGACCCUCGCGAAGUCCGCCGCCUGCGCCAGCUGCACGAACAGCACAGGAACGAAUACAGGACGCAGAAUUGGGACAGCAUCACCCAAUGGGGCAGCGACGAGGACGAGGAGCUUUCUCGCGCCGUCCGGCGCGCCAGGCAUGGAGUCGGCUUCAUGGUCGUCAAAUGAGCCCCAAGCACCGCGCCACAACCAGAGACAUUCUCAUGAGGAAUAAAAUAAAAUAUAUCUGUAACGUUGACCCAUAUGUUGGUUGUGCGACGCAGCCUCUUUCAGCUUGAAACGUCGUACCACGCUAAACGAUCGGCGUGCGCAUCUGAUUCUCAGCGAUAUAGGUGCGUCAGGGGUUUGUGUCUCGUGACCAUAUUGGCUUUAUGGACAGGGCAGCGUGCAUGGCCUAUUACAGCGGGCGGAGCGUGCGUACGAGGAUGGGCAUUAUACACGGCUAGCGAUGGCG